AUGCCGAUCUACUUGCGGCAAAAAUCUACGUUGUAUUUACUGAUAGUUGACACUCCAGCUGUGAGGAACCAGAGUCUUUAUUACACGUCACAUGUUCUGUAUUCUCAUCUAUCACUAAGCAUGGACACGGCUGGGAGUCACAGGACUGAGAUGAUAAUAAAUAUCACCCUGGAGAUCAUCUACCUGCUGACUGGAGAGGAUUACACAGUAGUGAGGAAGACAUCCGGUGAGUGUGAGACACCCAGCAGCCAUCACCAUGUGUCAGGAGGACUGAGCAGGACCCAGAGCCCCAUCACGGUGCCUCCACCUCACUCACUGAUACAUGAGAGACACAAUGACCAGAAGAUCCUGGAACUCACCAACAAGAUCAUUCAGCUGCUGACUGGAGAGGAGGAGGAGUAUAUAGAGGAACACAGGGGUCUAUACAAGGACGUGAUGAUGGAGAAUCACCGGCCCCUCACAUCACUGGAUGGGCCCAGUAACGGAGAUACCCCAGAGAGAUGUCCCCGUCCUCUGUAUUCCCAGGAUUGUACAGAGGAGAAUCACAGGAUCCCACAGGAGGAUCAGGUAGGUAGAACGUCUGUCUGA